AUGAAGUGGGAAGAAUUAGAUAAGGGGGCAGAUCAAGUGAUAGAUUCACUUUUUAUCAACAUAACUCAACGUUCUGGUGGUAUUGAACCUCUGUUGAACAACUUCUUCAGUUUUCUAGCUAGAAAGACCGACUUUUAUAAUCCAAAGAAUAACGUAGACCUAAUUGACAUAAGUAGCACAGUUAUGUUGGUGGAUAAUACCUGUAGGAAGAUUGGUAAUAUAUAUCUUAAGCAUAUGAAGGCAAAACAGUUGAGUGAAAGGGUAGUUGAUGUCACAGACCUUGAUAAAUUACCAACACAUAAAACGACUAAUACGGUUGGUAGUAAAUCUAGAAAUGAACCAGUAAAAACAAAUGGCAAAGGAAGUACCGAUGCCUUGAAUGGAGAUAAAACAACCAGGAGGAAUGACGGAUCGGAUACGGAAGAGGAAUCUGAAAAAAACAGGCCCAUAGGUAAUGGUGGAACUACAGAAAAAUAUACAUGGACCCAAACACUUAAGACACUAGAAAUGACACUAAAAUUUCCAGAUGAAUACAAAAGACCCAUCAAUUCCAAGCGGAUAAAAAUAACAUUAUUUGCCGAGUCUAUAAAGGUGAUUAUAGAUGAUGAGCUAUUUUUGUGUGGCCAAUUCCACGAUAAAAUCAAACCGGAUGAGAGCGUAUGGGCAAUUCUAGAUGGAGAAAACGUGCAAAUAUCGAUUGAAAAAAUGAAGGGUCUCAAUUGGUGGCCCUGUGUACUUAAAGGAGAUCCUACAAUUGAUGUUGCGAAGAUUGUUCCAGAAAACUCAAAAUUGAGCGAUCUUGACAGUGAAACAAGAAGUACUGUGGAAAAGAUGAUGUUUGACCAGCGGCAAAAAUCCAUGGGUCUGCCUACUAGCGAUCAAAUGAAGCAACAUGAGAUGCUCGAGAAAUUCAAGAAGAUGCACCCAGAGCUUGAUUUCUCAAAGUGCAAUAUUAAUUAUUCAUGA